CGCGGGGCCGGCGGGGGCGCGGCCGGCGGGGGACGGACGCGCAGUCGGUCCCCGCUGUCUCCGCGGUCCCCUUUGGUCGCCUCCGUUCGGUCCCCGCUCGUCUCACCAUGGCCGCCGCCGUCUCGGGGCUCCGCGCCUCCUACCACCGCCUGCUCGACCGCAUCGAGCUCAUGCUGCCGCCGCGGUUCCGGCCCUUCUACAACCACCCGGCGGGUCCCAAGACAGUGUUUUUCUGGGCACCGGUUAUGAAAUGGGGUUUGGUGUGUGCUGGACUGGCUGACAUGGCCAGACCAGCAGAAAAGCUCAGCACAGCACAGUCUGCAGUACUAAUGGCCACAGGCCUUAUUUGGUCACGAUACUCUCUAGUUAUUAUUCCUAAAAACUGGAGUCUGUUUGCUGUGAACUUCUUUGUUGGCUGUGCCGGUGGCUCUCAGCUCUUCCGGAUAUGGAGGUAUAAUCAGGAGCUAAAAGCAAAACAACAAGAGCAGCUGCAAUAAAGAGAUGCUUAACCCAACAGGUCAAAUCUAACAACGCACAAACCCAUCCCCAUGGGACCCAGCUUCACUAAUUUUAAUGUGCUUUUCCUCAGAGAAAAAUCAAAGAGGAAAUUUAAAUGCCUAGAGAGCAAAUGUUUUCUAAGUGCAAAUAACAAAAGUAUCACCACACAUUUAAAUAAAGGGCGACCUUUUAAAUCAAAGCAAAACCGUGUGUUUGUAUUGUCUCUUUAAAGAGACACUGACUGUGGACUGUGCCUGGAAUGAGUUGCUGGGUCUCACCUUAUCUGACUCCAGGAGUGACAGCCAGAGCCUCAGACUGAAGUGAUCUUUCCUGUCACACUCAGACCUGGGCAGGAGUUUACCACACUUUCAGAAACCAACAGUAGCAUUCGUAUUUCGUUCCCUGUGAUGCUCUUCCCUGGUAGCUAAGGACAUUCUUUUCAGCUUCAGUUAUGUGUAUCUUCAUUUGUUUCUCAGCCACCACUGUCUCUAACAAAAGGAGAACAAACUAGUAUGUGCCACUGGUGUUUUAGCUUCUGUCAUCCUUUAUAACUCGAGGCAGGCUCAGGAAUUUAUAUCCAGGGGAGAAGAUGACAGGGACCAGGUAGCUUCUUCAGGAUUGAGCUUUCAUGAAAAUAAAUGCCUUGAAACACUGGA